CAGCUACUCGGGAGACUGAGGCAGCUCUGCCUUCCAAGGUUUCUGCCUGGCCCUGGGAGGAGAAGCCCAAAUACCUGGGACCAGUGACUUUCAAGGAUGUGGCUGUGGUUUUCACUGAGGCAGAGUGGAAGAGACUGAGCCUUGAGCAGAGGAACGUGUACAAAGAAGUGAUGCUGGAAAAUCUCGGGAAUCUGGUCUCGUUGGCAGAAUCAAAGCCAGAAGUCCAUACCUGUCCCUCUUGCCCUGUGGUCUUUGGCAGUCAGCAAUUCCUUAGCCAAGAUGAGCUACACAGUCAUCCUAUUCCAGGAUUUUAUGCAGGAAAUCAACCCAGCCAGGAAAUCCCUGCAGGGAGGAUCAGCCACAGCCACAUCGUCCUUCUGAUAAAAAUCACAGGGGGAGCUGAAGCAAAAGAUCAACGAGUGGAAGGAAGCGUCAGACCCUUGUUUUGGAGUAUAAAUGAGAGAGGGACUUUAGUGGGCUUCUCUGGCCUGUUCCAGAGACCACCAAUAAGCUCUCAGGGAGGCAAUAGAAUAUUAGAGAUACAGCUCAGUCCAGCCCAGGAUGCAAGCUCUGAGGAAGUAGACAGAAUUUCCAAGAGGGCAAAAACCCCAGGGUUUGGAGCCGUAAGAUUUGGAGAGUAUGCACUAGCUUUUAGCCAGAAGUCAAACCUGUUCAGACAGAAGGCAGUCAUCGCGGAAAAAUCUUCAGACAAAAGACAGUCACAGGUGUGCAGGGAGUGUGGGCGAGGCUUUAGCAAGAAGUCACAGCUCAUCAGACAUCAGAGGACGCACACAAGAGAAAAGCCUUAACGUCUGUGGAGAGUGUGGGUGAGCCUUUA